AUGGAUGGAUUCGCCGGCAUUCUUGCGCUGCUGCUUGCGUCGAUCGCUGCCACCGGCUCCGACGCGUCAUCCUACGGGCUCGACACGGUCUUGGCGCAGGAAUUCAAGGCGGAUCCCCUGGCCGGCAACGACACAUUCGAGCUCCUGCGCCCCGGCCUCAAGCACUUCCUCUCCACCCCGCGCCACGACCUGGACUACAAGCUCCACUCAAUCCUCUCGCUCCAGUCCACAACGUCAGUGACGGUGAAGCUGGUGGGUUUCUCGAGCGAUCAGAAGCAUCAGCUGGAGCAGCAGCUGGGGCGCUACCUGGAGAUCCUCAACAAGAACGAGCACGUCCAUGUGAUCGGCACGGGUGGGACUAGCAAUCACAGGCUAAACGUGAGAUCCAAGAUCGAGAUCGAUGUGGUGAGGGACAGUGGCAGCAGCAAUCUCGCCGAUUCCAUGUUUCGGGCGAUCCAAGGCACUGUCGAUCGCCCCUCGUCACUCUCGAGCGUCUAUUACACCCCGGUGCCGUACACUGUGGUGGACGAGCUGGUACGGGCGGACCUCGCCAAGCCGCUGGCGUCGUACGUCAUCUACAUCCUCAACCUCAAGCGCCAGGCUCGGUCGUACGGAUACGACUACCAGCCGGGAGACGGCGACGAGCUCCACUCGGCCUUCACCAAGUGCCUGGGGAAUCUUUGGAUGGGCCGGGAGCGCUACGUGUGGAUCGAUCUCGCUGCCGGUCCGAUCGAGUAUGGCCCGGCUCUCUCCGGAGAGGGUCUGGUGCUGCGCAGCGAGCUCUAUCCAUACGCGGCGGCUUUUCACGAGAGCCCGGCUCAAAAGGCGCUGCUGGCUGAUCUAGCGGCGCUCGUCUGGAGUGCCUCGCAGAUGCUGCUAGCUCCCGCGAUGAGGAUUCCAGUCUACUACGAUCGUGAGUUGGAGGUGCAUUUCUUUCACUUCAAGCAUGGCGAUGGCGGCGACUCGGAGCAGAUAAAGUGGGAGGAGAUCGAGGAGACGUUCAAGAAGGAGGCCUCGGAGGGUCUGCUCUUUCACGGCCAGUCUCUCGUCUUCAAGAGGUUUACGAUAGAUAUGGACGAAUGCGCUCUGUGUUCGGCGCUCCUCGCCCGCUCCACCAAGAGCUACACCUCACGAGUUCUCAUCGAUCGCUACAGCCUCUUUGUCAACGAUUACAUAGACUCGAAGCAGCUGCACUACUUGCUGGCUGAGAACCAAGUGGAGCUAGAGAAGAUGGCCGGUUCCAGCGGCAGCUCGAACAACUUCAUGGCUCGGAUAGUUCCAGUCUACGUCUUUGAUCUCAAGAGCGACAGGAUCGUCAUGCUGGACCGCGACCAUCAGUCGAUGGCUUUCAGGGACAUGAUAAUCGCCAUCCGGAGCAAAGGAUACCAGACGGUGUCCGAGUUCAAUUGCAACCAUCGUCCCAUGAUGGUGGAGACGAGAAGGCUCGAGCGUCCACUCGUCGCGUCGCUGCUUCAAACUCUGUGGGGCGUGACACCGACGUACCUCACCUGGAGCAGCGAGCACAACUCGACGUUUCUAGACUACACUUGGAGCCUGGGGAACACGCCGUUUGGUCCGUUUUCGAAGCUCUCGUCGCUGUCAUUCGCGCAGAGAGACGCAGCUCCUCGCAACGUCCUGCACACGAUGCUCAACACGACGGUGUGGGGAGCCAUUGAGAUGCUGGAAACGUUGAAGGGACUGGGAGGCGAGAAGGCUGUGCUCAAGAGCAGACAGGGGACCGAGAUGAACCAGAGAUGGAACUUACUACUCUACAAGCUCAACAAGGCAACAUCGGCCAUGUCUCACUUCGAUUUCAAUUUGGCUCUCUUCUUCCUCAAAUCCGCCGAGCACGACCUCUACGGCGCUCACCAUCUCGCCUUCGAGGCUUCCUCACACCUCGAGGCAGCGAUAGUAUGUUUCAAGGACGCGCCUUUCCCCUGGAGCUGGCUUGUCUUCGUUUUGGCCAUCGCUGGAAUCGGCCUCUACGUCUGGUUUCGCAGAGAGCAGCUCUUUGCGAGCAAGAGGAAGCGUUUUUGA